AUGGAUCAAGGAGGUCGAGGUGUCGGUGCCGAGCAUGGAAAGUACCGGGGAGUUCGGAGACGACCUUGGGGAAAAUAUGCAGCAGAGAUACGAGAUUCGAGGAAGCACGGUGAACGUGUGUGGCUUGGAACGUUCGAUACGGCAGAGGAAGCGGCUAGAGCCUAUGACCAAGCUGCUUACUCCAUGAGAGGCCAAGCAGCAAUCCUUAACUUCCCUCAUGAGUAUAACAUGGGGAGUGGUGUCUCUUCUUCCACCGCCAUGGCUGGAUCUUCCUCCGCCUCCGCCUCCGCUUCUUCUUCUUCUAGGCAAGUUUUUGAAUUUGAGUACUUGGAUGAUAGUGUUUUGGAGGAGCUCCUUGAGGAAGGAGAGAAACCUAACAAGGGCAAGAAGAAAUGA